UAUAUUUGUUUUCCCUAACAUCAACAAGGGGACAGUAGACUGUCACUGAUACGAAAUCAAUUUAUAUCAAUUAAGUGUAAAUUAACGGAUAAACGAUAAGGAAACUGUCACUUCAUAGAUUUUACUGGAAGUAAAUAUCGAUAUCACUCAAAUUACUUUAAAUAUGGGAUAGAUUUAAGAACCUAGAAAAAAGAAAAAGAAAUUCUUACUGUUUUAAAAGAAACUUUAAAAAAAAAUGUUAAGUCCACUUUCCCGAGGUUUUGGGACAUGGACAGGAAAUUACGAUCCAUAUAAUGAAGAUGGAGCGGAUUCAGAUUCAUUGCCAGAUAUAGAGGAACCUCAUAGACAUGGGAUUACUGUUGGGUUUGUAUCCAGAACUCCCUCAGCUACCCUUGUAUCCCCUCCAUUCAGGACAACUAGUAGUCAUGUAAGGGAGGCUACUUUAUCAGCUAGUACACACUAUGCAAGGGAAGCAACUCUAUCAGGAAAGAGAAAUGGUUCCGGAAGAGAAGUAUUAUUUGCUGAUCCCAUGUCUAGAGAAAAUUCUGAUUCACAAAUGAACUUGCCAAAAACAUUUCUAACAAGAAAAGGUGCCUUAAUGUUAUUUGCAGCAGAUGAAGAUGAACUGGACUCAUUGCCUUCAAAGACUGAUGUCCAUCCCAGGCUUAUGAGAAUACGGAAACCUGUGGAUGUGAUUGAUACAAGUUUAAAGCUUGGUACAAUGGACAAGUUAACUAUGUCAGUUCUUCAGUUUGGUGAAGAGGAGGCUCUAAAGGAGAACAGCAGUGUUACAGAUGACAAAAAUAAGUUGUUCAUGAAGUUUUUAAACAAAGUAGAUGACCGUGAUGUAGACAAGAGGGCUCAGCCUGGUGGUGAUGUUAAAUAUUACCUCAGUGAUCUUAAACAUAAAACCAGUUUGCAGAUGGGACUUUCAAGGGACACUGCAUUACCAAGAAGUCGUGAAGCUUUAGAAUUGAGGGCUAUACUACGUGGUCUACAAGAAGAUGGAUCAUGGCCAAUGACCUACAGACAAGCUGGUGCAGACUUCAAAAGACCAAGUGGCUUAGCUGAACAAUUUUCUAGGCCUGCUUCUCAUUUGCAUCAUCCUCCAAGAAACCAAAAUCAGCGUAUAUUAUCCUCGGACAAGCUUGAAGAUUCAGUAAAGUCACUCAGGUCAUAUUUAGGUAGAUCAUUAGAUACUCUGAAUGAAAAUGGAGUCCCACUUCUUACUAGAAGACGUGCCAAACAUAGAGAAGGUGAUGUUGAUAGUGUGAAACGAAGUAAAUAUGCAAGGGAGCCAACUGAUGAAGAUUUUAGGAGACAUCGUUCACAUAGACCUCAUACAAAUACACCUACACGAGAUCAAGAUAUCCAUGGUGAUGAUGAAGAAAGUAGAGAUAAACUAGGGGAGAUAAUUGAUCCAAGAUUGCCUCGAGAUGACAGAGGAAGAAUUGAAAUGAUUGAUAAUGAAGAUUUAAAUCUCCACUUUACUAAAACUAGUACUCCUUUUCCUCCCCCUACUCCAACCAAUGCAUUUGAUGAAUCUGAGUCGUCUUCUAGUAAUAACUUGUCCCCUGUCAAAGAUAAAUCAACAAAACUGCAAAUUGCAGAAAAUCAAAUGGUUCCAGAUUCAACUCAAGAAACAGUUUCUUCUAAUAUAGAAGAAAAGCAAACAAAUUUGUCUAGAAUUGAUUCAGUUAGCUCAACAAUUCUUGAAAAGAAAGCAUCUUCAAUAGAGACUGUUAAAAACAAAUCCUCGUUAAUUACAAAUGUGCAGUCACAUACAUAUAAUCAGGAACAAAAACAAAAUUCUGUUCAAUCCAAUGCAUAUGAGCAGGAACAAGUAGCUUCAGUUCAGUCACAUGUCAAUGAUCAGGAACAAGAAGAUCUUAAAACCAAAACAUUAAAACCUGAAUCAAAAAAGAGUGAAAUUGAGUCAAUUCAUGCUGAAAUAGAGGAAAGAAUCAAAUCAUCAUCACCAUCCAAUUUGAGAGAACGUUCUCCUAGUCAAAAUUCUAUGAAAGAAGAUGAAUCUAGUCUUAACUUAUCAAAUAUUAAACCUGAACCUACAAAGGGAGAUGAAUCUGGAAUCAAAAUACAAAAUAACGCUAAUGAAUCAGAGACGUCUGUUUUAGUAAGGGGAGAUAAUUUAGAUGAAACACCAAAGGAUAUUAAUUUGGACAACAGUGCAGAAAUUCCACAUCCUACAACACCAAGGUCAACAGAUAUAGCAACUGAGGACAAAUUAUCACCCAGAGCUAAGUCUGAAUCUUCAUCAAAACUAGGUGAGAAGAUUGAAGAGGAUCAUGGCCCAGAAACACUUGUAUCCAUCACUGAAGAUAAAUUUGUCCAGAAAAAGGCAGAGUUACCUACUAUACCAGAUUACCUAAAACCAAAACCUCAGUCAAAACCACAGUCAAAACCACAAGCUAAAAAGGAUCAGAAGAAGAAAGGACAGUUAACAAAAGGUAAAAAGGAAGACAAAACAGCAAAGACUCCGGUAGAUGUCACUAAAGCUAUAGAUAUAACAUCUGUACAACCAGAGGAACAAGAUGAGAUUACACAGAUAAUAAAGAAGAAAGUGACAUUGCCACCUGAGAUUGAACAAAGCAUUAUGCCAGACUUUGUUACUGAGGCUAUCAAUAGAAGUAAAGAAAGGUCAAAACAACAGCUAGAAGAAGAAUUUGCAGAAAAACAAAGAAUGAUAGAAAAAGAAAUAGGUGUUACGUCCUAUGAAGGUGAAGGAAUGACAGCAGAAGAAUUAGAAUUGGAAAAGAAAGAACUGAAGAAAAGAGAAGAACUUGCAAAAGAAAAAAUACUGAAAGGAAAGCCACAGAAAAAGAUGGAUGAAAAAAGUAAAAAAUCUGGUGGCAGCAGUAGCAUAAGGUCGAAAAAAUCUAAAGGCGGAGCUAAAGAUCCUCUACAGCUGGAGAAAGAGAGAAUAAGAGCUUUAAAAGAACAAGAGAAACUGCAACGUAUGGAAGAAAUUAGAGCAUUGGAGGAGAAGAUUGCAGCCCAAUCCAACAGCAUGUCUGCUGACGAUAAGAAAUUUAAAGAUAAAUUACAGACAGAUAAUGAGGUACAAAUGGAAUUGGAAAGAAUUGAAAGAGAGGCUUACAUGGCUGAACAGACUGAAGCAGAUGUCAGACAGGCAUUGCGAGAAGAAAGGAUGAAAAGAAUGGAAGAAAAAGCAAAACUGAAGAAAGAAGAAUUAGCCAGGAAAAGACAGCAGUUGAUAGACAGGAAACAACAGGAGAAACAAUUGAAAGAGGAGGCUCGACAGAGGGAACUUCAAAAAAUUAUGAUGUUGAUGGAUGACGAAGAAAGGAAGAAAAGACAAGAAGAAGAAAGGCUUAAAAAAGAGGAAGAUGAAAAGGAAGAAGAAAAUAAGAGAAAGGAAAUGGAAGAAGAAUUUGCCAGGCAGGAAAGAGAAGAAGAAGAAAGACGUAGACAGUUAGAGGAAGAGAUUGAACAAGAGGAGUUGAGAAGAAUUCAGGUGGAGCAAGACGAAAUUAGAAAACAACAAGAAGUUGUACAGGCUCAGAAAGAGGCUCUGUUAGAGGAACAGAGGAGAAAGAGGGAACUCGCUGCUUUAGAGGAACAAAGACAUGUGGAAGAAUUGGAUAGAAAACAACAAGAAGAAUUGAAGAGACAGGCAGAAGAAAGGGCAAGAAUAAAUGAGCUUCUACAAUUAGAAGAGGAAGUGAGAGAAAGGAUGAAACAGGAUACAGAAAAACGAAGAGAAGAAGCCAUACAGAGACGAGAUACAAAUAUUGAUGCCAAAUCUAAUCUGAACAAGAUACGACAUAGUCAGGGAAUUAACAGAGCUUUUGUCUUCUCAUAUUUUAUAAACUGGCCAAUGGAAACUUAUAUGAGACCAGUUGGAGAACAAGAGAAGAAGAAGAAAGAAGCUAAGCUUAGAGAAAAGAGAAAGAAGGCUAGAUAAAUUUAGUUGAUGAAAGAGUUGAUAAAACUGAAAAAUUAAUUUAAAGUUAAAAAGACAAUACACAUUUACAACAUUUUUUUGGAACUUAUGAUUAUAUUGAUCCACAAUAUUUUUAGCAAAAUUACUUGUUACUAGAACUUUUAAAACACAAAAUGAUAUUUUUUCCAUUUAAAUAUAAAAGGUUA